GCAGAAAAAAAAAAAUGAUGUGACGUAGAAGCCAAGAUGGCGGCUCCCCACUCCACGAUGAAAUUUUGGAAGCCGGGCGCCGAGGCUCCGGGGAUCUCAGAGGAACGGGAUCUGAGCUCAGAGACCACCGGCUCCCCCUUCGUCUUCAACCCAAACACGGCCCUCUCUAUAGAGAAACAACGGCAAAAACUCCCAGUUUUUAAGCACAGAAACAACAUCUUAUACCUGGUUGAAAGCUUCCAGACUGUCAUAAUAGUUGGGGAGACGGGAUGCGGGAAGACCACACAGAUACCCCAGUACCUGCUGGAGGCUGGCUGGGCAGCAGAGGGGAAAGUGGUUGGAGUGACGCAGCCUCGACGUGUGGCCGCUAUCUCUGUGGCUAACCGUGUGGCGGAGGAGCGAGGGGCCCUGCUGGGACACGAGGUGGGGUACACCAUCCGGUUCGAUGACUGCUCUGAUCCCCACGCCACGAGGAUUAAGUUUUUGACAGAUGGCAUGCUUGUGCGAGAAAUGAUGGCCGACCCGCUUUUAAAAAAAUACAGUGUGUUGAUGUUGGAUGAAGCACAUGAGAGAACUCUGUACACAGACAUAGCCAUUGGUCUACUGAAGAAGAUUCAGAAGAAGAGGCGAGACCUGAGGGUGAUUGUGGCCUCUGCCACUCUUGAUGCCAAGAAAUUUCACGAGUUCUUUAACCUGAAUGAAACUGGGGAUCCGAACAAGGACACGUGUGGAAUCCUGACAGUAGAGGGACGCACUUUUCCGGUGGACAUCUUCUACACCGUCAGCCCCGUCCCAGAUUACGUAAAAGCCACAGUGGAGACUGUGAUGAAGAUCCAUGAGAUGGAGGAUGAUGGGGACGUUCUUGCUUUCCUCACAGGGCAGGAGGAAGUGGAGAAGGUUGUGUCCCUCCUGCAGGAACAGGCCAGAGCUCUUUCUCGAUAUGGGAUGAAGAAGCACCUGAGGAUUUUGCCCAUGUACUCUGGCCUACCCUACGCAGACCAGAUGAAAGUCUUUGAACGGGCUCCCUCUACUGUUCGGAAGAUUGUGGUGGCCACAAACAUAGCUGAAACCUCCAUUACUAUAAAUGGGAUCAUGUUCGUCAUCGACUGUGCGUUUGUGAAGCUCCGGGCCUACAAUCCUCGCACCGCCAUCGAAUCGCUGGUGGUCACUCCCAUCUCCAAGGCUUCAGCCAGCCAGCGGACCGGGAGGGCCGGACGAAACCGACCCGGGAAGUGCUUCAGGCUGUACACAGAGGAGGACUAUGAGAAGCUGCCUGCCGCUACUGUUCCAGAGAUGCAGCGCUCCAAUUUGGCGCCUGUGAUCCUUCAGCUCAAAGCGCUAGGCAUAGACAAUGUGCUGCGUUUCAGCUUCCUUUCUCCUCCUCCAGCUCAAACUAUGGUUCAGGCUCUGGAGCUUCUUUAUGCUCUUGGAGGUCUGGACCACUACGGCCGCCUCACUGACCCCCUGGGUAUGCGGAUGGCUGAGUUUCCUCUCAGCCCCAUGUUUGCCAAGAUGCUCCUAGAGUCUGGCAACUUUGGCUGCUCCAAAGAGAUAGUUACCAUAGCAUCGAUGAUGCAGAUUCAGAAUAUAUUUGUUGUGCCGCCCAAUCAGAAGAAAGACGCUGCUCGCGAACACAGAAAAUUUGCAGUUGCCGAGGGAGACCACCUCACCAUGCUGAAUGUAUAUGAGGCAUUUAUUAAGCAUCAGAAAAGUUCCCAAUGGUGUCAGGAGCAUUUUCUCAAUUACAAAGGUCUACUGCGUGCCGUCACAGUGAGAGAGCAGCUUCGGCGUCUCAUGAACAAGUUCAAAGUGCCACGAAAUUCCAGUGAGGGCGAUCCAGAUGUGAUCCUGAAGUGUAUCGUGUCUGGAUUCUUUGCUAAUGCUGCCCGCAUUCAUCAUUCUGGAUCCUAUCGGACUUUACGAGAUGAUCUCGAGCUUCACAUCCACCCCAGCUCUGUGCUGUAUGGAGAGAAACCUCCAAAGUGGGUUGUCUUUAAUGAAGUGGUGCAGACAUCAAAAUACUACAUGCGUGAUGUGACGGCUGUGGAGUCGUCCUGGCUGGUCGAGCUGGCCCCUCAUUUUUACAAACAAGCUAAGCAUGGGUCACUGGCCAGCAAGAGAUCCAGAGUCCUCUGAAUAAACCAUCCCAAAGGGAAAGCAAAACAAAGUUGUCACUGUGCUCCCAUCGUUUUUCAUUGUAUAUAUGAAGAUGUAUAUUUAUUGUCCAUGUCCACCUAGAAAAGUUUCUCCACAUUGAGUGGCCGUGUUACAAUAGAUCUCAAUUGUAGAUUUUUAGAGGUAAUGUCAUUUUCUUGGCUGUGUGUUUGUAUACAUAGAAAUGAAUGCUUGAGGAGGCCAGGCUGGGCCUGACGGGCAUCCAUUUGAGCAUGGCCAUUUGGUUCACUCAUACA